UGUGGAGAGAGCGCCAACAAUAUUCGCUAAUAAUUACAACGACCCGGCGUCGGAUAUUAAUGUUCAAAUGGCGAAAUUGGGUCUCGGUUUACUCUCUGGCAAAUACUCGGAUCAGCCGAGCAAAUCAUCCGGCACGGACGACGAGUCGCGGCAGGGUAUUCCGCCGCGGAUGUUUAAGGUCCUGAUCGGUCGCGGACACGCCGGCUUCUUCUCGAAUCGGCAACAAGAUGCUCAGGAGUUUCUCCUUUACCUGAUUAAUUUACUCAGUCGCAACAAUCGACACGAGGUGUGCCCCACGGAGUGCUUUAAAUUUAAAGUCGAGGAGAGAUACCAGUGCGGUAAAUCCAACAAGGUCAAGUACACCAAUCGGCCGGAAUACAUCCUACCACUACCGAUACCAUUGGAGGCGGCGGUGAACAAG